AUGGGAGGGGCUCUAUCUUCUUGGUUCCCCCGGUUCUUCGGGGGCCGUGAAGUGCGCGUGUUGAUCCUCGGCUUGGACAACGCUGGCAAAACUACCAUACUUUACCGCCUGCACCUGAAUGAGGUCAUCCAAACAGUACCGACCAUUGGUUUCAAUGUGGAGACAGUGAAAUACAAAAACAUAGAGUUCCAAGUCUGGGACUUGGGCGGGCAAACUUCCAUCAGGCCUUACUGGAGGUGCUAUUACCCCAACACGCAGGCCCUUAUUUACGUGGUGGAUAGCGCAGAUGUGGAGAGGCUACCUGAUGCCAGACAAGAGCUGCUCCUUAUGCUCGAGGAGGAGGAACUAAAGGAUGUAGCUCUUGCUAUAAUUGCAAACAAACAGGAUCUGCCGCGGGCACUCAACGAGGGCGAGAUAUCGAUGGCUCUUGGCCUACCUACUCUGAGAGACCGCCGCUGGUCGGUUUUCAGCGCUUCUGCCGUUAAGGGAGAGGGCCUUGAUGCUGCCAUGGAAUGGUGA